AUGGAGCGUCAAGCUCCUCUUGAUGCAAUAAAGCCGAAAACCCCUACAUAUAGCUUCCAAACCUUGCGCAGAUGCCUCCAUGCCUCUUUUUCUGUUGACGAUGCGCAGCGCAAGUCCCCACAGUGGAGUACGAGACACCAGGACAUGAAUGAGGUGGUUGUGGGGUUACCUGUGUUCCAAUCCAAUAAUAUCUCCCCUGCCGCAGGUCCUUCGGGAGAGAAAGGCUUGUUUCUGCUUGGCUCUCUUGGCUCUCUUGGCUCUUGGCGGGGACUGGUGGCUGGACUGUCGUCCCUAGAAACCCUGUAUCCUGUGCUCCUAGUCUUCUCGUUGGAUCCAACCGCAUGA